UGUCAUUGUCAUGAUACAAACAUGGCGGCGAUGGUACUUGUUUAAAGAACACCGACGCGUUUUUAUUCCCUUUUUACUACAAUAAAUCUUAAUUGUUAUCAGCGAUAACUGCGAGCAACAUGGGCAAUGCUGACACAAAGUUGAACUUCCGAAAGGCGGUGGUGCAAUUAACGUCGAAGACUCAGGUGAUCGAUGCAACAGACGACACCUUUUGGGAUCAAUUCUGGUCUGAGAACGUGACCAAUGUUCAGGACAUCUUCACUCUGAUUCCGGCUCCGGAGAUUCGUGUGCUGAGAGAAGAGGCACCUUCCAAUCUGGCCACAUUAUGUUACAAAGCGGUCGAGAAGUUAGUCAAGGCUGUAGACAGUAGCUGUAGAACUCAACGAGAGCAUCAAACCGUUUUGAACUGCUGUCGCUUAUUGACACGCUUGUUACCUUAUAUAUUUGAAGAUCCUGACUGGAAGGGUUUCUUCUGGUCCAGUUUACCUGGCAAAGACGAUGAAGAGAGCUUGCCACUGGCUCAUUCUCUGUUAAAUGCAAUUUGUGAUCUGUUGUUCUGUCCUGACUUUACGGUAGCUGCAAACAGGAAGUCAGGCCCGGACAAAGCCGAUGAGUUACAAUCGAUAGACAGUUGCGAGUACAUCUGGGAAGCAGGAGUAGGUUUCGCGUACUCGCCACCCAGGUAUCCUAUUCUGGACUCGAAUCGUACGGAAUUGCUGAAGCUCCUACUGACAUGCUUCAGUGAAACUAUGUACAAUCCGCCGAUGGACUUGUCAAUCACGCCGAACAGAUGGAUUCAGCAUUUGGCCAGCAGCGAGAACAGACACGCUUUGCCCAUGUUCACGUCGCUGCUGAACACUGUGUGCGCGUAUGAUCCCGUGGGCUAUGGGGUGCCGUACAAUCAUUUGUUGUUCACCGAUUCGUUGGAGCCAUUGGUUGACGUUGCGCUGCAAAUCCUAAUCGUAACUUUGGAUCAUGACACCACUGGCGGAGCGCCGUUGGAAGAGGGCGCAGUCGGAGAUAAUUUGUUCAUUAAUUAUCUAAGUCGAAUUCAUCGUGAUGAAGAUUUCCAGUUUGUCCUAAAGGGUAUCACCAGACUGUUGAAUAAUCCGUUGAUGCAGACGUAUCUGCCGAAUUCGACCAAGAAAGUGCAUUUUCAUCAGGAAUUGCUGGUUUUCUUCUGGAAAAUGUGCGAUUAUAACAAAAAGUUCUUGUAUUACGUACUAAAGAGUUCGGAUGUUCUUGAAGUGCUUGUACCGAUUCUUUAUCACUUGAACGACUCACGUGCUGAUCAAUCACGAGUGGGUUUAAUGCACAUUGGUGUAUUUAUAUUGCUUCUCUUGAGUGGAGAACGCAAUUUUGGAGUGAGGUUAAACAAACCAUACACAGCCACAGUGCCUAUGGAUAUCCCCGUUUUUACAGGAACACACGCCGAUCUCUUAGUCACUGUAUUCCACAAAAUAAUUACGACUGGCCAUCAGAGACUGCAACCGUUGUUUGACUGUCUGUUAACGAUUCUAGUCAAUGUUUCACCGUACCUUAAAACAUUAUCUAUGGUAGCCAGCACAAAGCUGUUGCAUUUACUGGAGGCAUUUAGUACACCGUGGUUCCUCUUCUCAGCGCCUACCAAUCACCACUUGGUGUUUUUCCUGCUUGAGAUAUUUAACAAUAUUAUUCAGUACCAGUUUGAUGGUAACAGUAACUUGGUCUACACUAUAAUACGCAAGCGGCAGGUGUUCCACGCGCUUGCAAAUCUACCUAGCGAUUGCAACACGAUCGUGAAAUCUCUCAGCAAGAGGCAACGUCGGCAUGUACCCGCCAGCACGUCAAACGAGAAUGUCAGCGAGGCUGCGAUGGAGGGAUCGCAUCCUGCACAACCCGCCGAACCUGGUACUCUGAAGGCCUCCUUGUUGGAAACUCCUGGUAUCGAGAAGAUGACGGAGAAGGAAUCAGCGCAUCCAUUGAGCCCAUCGGCAAGCGUCGAUAUUGGCAAUUCAAUUAGCAAUCGAUCAGAAAGUAAGACGGACAUCAGAGAGGAGUCGAUGAGUGCGACCAAAAAUUCUGUGGUGCCGAAGGGUGGCAUACGCGUGGCCGAGCAAGCAAGCUCUAAUAGUGUCACCAAUGUGAACCAGUGGGUACCGUCCAGCGAAUGGGUGUACCAGUGGAAGAGCAAGCUUCCGCUGCAGACCAUCAUGCGAUUGCUUCAAGUACUUGUGCCACAAGUUGAGAAAAUCUGCAUCGACAAGGGACUGACAGAUGAGAGUGAGAUCUUGAAGUUCUUGCAACACGGCACCCUGGUUGGCCUACUGCCGGUGCCGCAUCCUAUCCUCAUCAGAAGAUAUCAGGCUAAUGCUGGCACAACCGCGUGGUUCCGCACAUACAUGUGGGGUGUUAUUUAUCUGAGGAACGUCGAACCGCCCAUAUGGUACGACACCGAUGUCAAGCUAUUCGAAAUCCAGAGAGUUUAGAGAGCGCGUGAGGAUCACUAAAGAUUCGCGUUACUGUUCGCGCUCGAAAUACUGUUUUGUUGGCAGUGUAUAAAGAAUGAGUCUCAUCGAACUCGUUAUUGUAAUAGCGCCGUUUCUCAUCAAUUAAAAUCGAAGGAUUAAAGCGUGAUCGCUUUUUGGAAGAGCUCUAAGAAAUUAGUCUAAAUCUACGUUCUCCCCGCUGCAUAAUAAAAUAUAUAAGCAACGUUAACAUAAAUAAUUUAAAAUAAAUAGAAAGCGCGAGGAAGAGCUCCAAGUCAAGUUGUUCGAAAUAUUACAAAAGUAUUGAGCUAAGAUCCUUCCAUUUACAGAACAGAAAUUUAAUUGAUUCUUUGCUUUAUUUUUAGUUUAAGUCAACUAGAAACUAUUAUUCGACAAAAUUGGCACUCCUGGAAUUAUUUAAAUUUUUUCUUAGGAUAUAUUCCUAGGAUAAAAUUAAUUUUCGAUAAGUACGAAAUGAAAAGAGGCAAGAAUCAAUUAAACAUUUGUUAUAACUUUGAUCAAUGUUUGCGGGAACGGCAACAUAACAAUACAAAGAGCGAUGAACAUGUCAAGUCACGCGCUUCAUCUCGUUUCUGCUAAUUACUUUUUACAUGGCGCCUUCGAAGUACUUUCAUCUUGAUGUAACAUAUAUGUAUUACAUGUAGGAUCGUAAACGUUGUUUGCAAUCGGUAUCAGUGAUUUAUUAUUAUUAUACCACGAAGACUGUAAUCUCGUUUGUAUCAUAGUAAUAUAUGUACCGUAACUUAGUGGAAAACGCAUAUCGUCGGUCUUAAGAAAUCCACUAAGUAAAUUAGCUCAGCAGACACGGAGAAAACCGACAUUUAAACAAAAAAAACCUACACGUUUCACUACUUACAUUUCGCUUACAUUUACAUUUAUGUACAUUCCUUUACAUUCUAGUACGAUAUAAAUUGUAAAUUUAUAUUUAAAACUUUUAUAUCAUUAUAAUUUAUAAUGAUAUAAUGUAUAAUGAAGUUCUUGAGUUCUUUUUAAAUAAGAGAAUGCCUAGAAUUUAUAUUGUAUGAUUAUCUUUAGAAGAAAUUACACUCUCGACAGUCACGCUUUGUUAAGACUUCGAUUAAGACCGGCGAUAUAUAAUAUAUCGUAGAAUAACUAUCAGAGCUAGAGAAUUCAUCUUUCGCGACAUGUACAUGAAGCUGCGCUUUACAGAGGAAAAAUUUUAUUCGCCUUCGCUUUAUUCAUCGUCAUUUGUCCGGCAAUUUAAAGUGACACGCUUACUUAACUUGCGAAUCAAUCUCGCGAGUGUCUUCUCGCGCGAAUGAUUGUACCGUACCUGUAUCAUAUGUUGAGAGAAUUUCCGGGUUUGUUGUUCUCGUUAGUUACACUCAGUGCAGCACCACACGUGGCCUUUCCUUACUUCUAUCUUAUGAGUUCAUUUUGGAAGAGUGUAGGUAAUAAGAACAGGCCCGGUGAAAAAUACUUUUUGGAGAACCUCGUACAACGGCGAAAAUCGAUUUUCUUAAACUGUGACGUAGUAUAAGGAAGAACGCGGACUUUAGGUCCGUCUCGUUUUAGCUGCACUCUCUCACGCUCGUGACUCGAGAUGAAAUGAAUGUAUAUUCAGGGAUCAAUAGAAAAGAUGGAGCACACGGAAGCAAAAUUCUUCUUCGAUUUUUAUAAUUUCCUCUUUCACGUUCCGCGAGAAACGCUCCAGCCGAUAGUUUAUUUCAUUGUAUGGACGAAACAAUACACAAUUUGUGAUAGACGCCUUCGAAUUUUACGUCAAAUUUUCAAGAAGAAUUUGAAUGUUGCUUCCUUCUUUCCUACAGUGUCCUGAAGUGCAGUUAGAAAGGAAGAUGAAUUUUGUACAUCACAGUAUGGUUGCGACUUAUAGUUACACAGAGCGUUCAAACGGAAUCUCACGUCAGAAUGUAAUAUAUGUAGCUGUCUUGAAAUAUACAGAAUUAUAUGACGCAA